GGUAAGAUUCCUAGUGCAACGAGGUAGCUCCUCCUUUUUAUCUGGGACAGAAAGAGAAGGACGAAGAAAAGCAGAGGGAUGGCUCGGAGCGUCUCCUACCUAACUGGCUCUCAGCUGCUCUCUCUCAAACGCCGCCCCAAUAUUGCCAUCAUAGAUGUCAGGGAUGACGAGAGAAGUUAUGACGGUCAUAUAUCUGGGUCUCUGCACUAUGCGAGCGACACUUUCUCUGACAAGAUAUCCAAUCUUAUUCAGGAGGUGAAGGGGAAAGAUACCCUUGUUUUCCACUGCGCUCUCAGCCAGGUUCGUGGACCAACUUGUGCGCGAAAGUUUGCUAAUCAUCUUGAGGAGAUCAAGGAUGAUGCAGGAAUAAAGAACAUUUUGAUUCUGGAACGUGGCUUCAAUGGCUGGGAAGCUUCUGGUAGACCUGUUUGUCGCUGCACUGAUGUGCCUUGUAAGGGGGCGAGUGCUAGUAAUUAAUUGAAAGAAACCCUGGACGGGGGGGCCAUACAUUGUCAUGUUAUGGCCAUCUACAUUCAAUCUCGGUUAUCAUAAUUCAUGGCAAAACGAUUAUGUUAUUUACUUCAUAACAUAGAGAGUAUAUCAUGUGUUGCCUGUCCAUUUGUACACUACUUUUUAUCCUCCUCUAUUUUCUUAAGUAUUCUGGAGAGAAACCCAUGGAUUCUAUUAUGAAUGCAAAAAACAAUUUUGCUGUUA